AUGUUGGCGGACGAUCCGCUCGUCAACAAAUAUUUCGGGCACUAUCUACCAUCCCAGGAAGAGCUUGACCUGACGGCACAGCUUCUAAGCGCCAAGCCUGAGCUCGAGGAGCACGCAAAGGACUGUAUCGUAAUUCACGGAGACGCUGUGGCGACGCUGCGGCGCUUUUGCUGGCAGGCAAAGCAGCUGGGCUUGUCGGGUAAACUCUGCGCAGAAGAGGCAUUGAACCUUCUACAGCAAUGUUCAGAGAGGCGUUUGUUGUUGGGCCUGGAUACUAUUCUGAGAAGUCGCAGUGUUCCAGACGAGUUUUGGACGUCCUUCAUUGACACGGUUCCUCAGACGUACCAUGGAUUGGGCCUCAGGGGUCAGCCAAUCGUUCUCAUCCGCGCGGGCAGUAUAGAUCCCGCUGCAAUGGGCAAGCUUUUGAACUCUGGCGAUGCCCUCUCUGUGGGUGAUGUCAACGCCGCGGUGCUUUGCUUCCUCCGAUGCGAGGAGUGCCUCUUUCGUCAGACGGUCCCGAAAGCCAGUGAACAAGUAGGCCGUCUUGUGGAUCGGGUCAUCCUGAUAAUUGACCUUUGGGGACUGGGGCGUGGUCAUUUCCGAUUCGCGCGGGACUUCUUAGCAGCUGCCGUCAAGCAAACUGUGGUCCUAUACCCGGAAACCUUAGACCACAUCCUGGUGGUCAAUGCAGCUUGGUCAUUUGCGACCUUGCUGUGGCCCAUUCUCAAGCAGCUGCUGCAUCCUGUCUCACAACGCAAAGUGGUCAUCGCGGAUGCCAGCCACACCCGCGAGAGGCUUUUGGAGCACAUGAGCGCGGAAUGCUUGCCCUCUUACUUUGGUGGCGAGAAUGAAGGGGUCCACAUGGGCUGCAUGCUUGCCCCGAAUACCGCUGAUUGA